ACUGAUAGAACUGACGUGUCCUUAAUGAAAAAACGUGGCAAUUUCAAGCUAUAUUGCUAGUUUAUUUAUAUGAUUUUUAACUGAGUCAGCGAAAUCGAAACAACUAUUUGCGUUGUCUGACAUUGCUACUCGUAAUAUGCAUAUAAAAAAUUAAUUUUUUUAUCGAAAAUAUAUCCGUCAGAUUGUCACAGGUAUAAUAUACUAUUUUAUACACGGUACUAAGGUUAUAUUGAUAAUGACCACGUCAAUGUUGUUACUCCUGACAUACCAUAAAUAAUUCAUUUUAUUAACGAGCAAGUGAUUGUUCUAUUAAAAAAUGAUCACGUAUUAUUUGAACCUGAAAGCUACGUUGAAAUAUUGUGGAAUAUUAUAUUGAUAAUUACGGUGUAACUCAGAAGAUGUGUAAUACUUUGGUUCAAAGUAAGCGUUACAAAUUUUGAAGUAGCACUUGUGUAAGAAAAACAUCUGUUUCGUCAAAAGUCACUUUACAAGGUGCAUGAUAGUGUGGCUGAUUACUUUUAUUGUUCCAAAUGGGUUUGAAAAGGAAAAUGAAAAAAGACGGGAAUGUGGAAGAUGGAAUGUACCCGACGAAUCAUAUUCAGGAGCACUCGGAUUUACGAGGUGACGAAAAAAAUUUGGCCAUUCUUUUAUUUUUAUAUUUAUUGCAAGGAAUACCGUUGGGUCUAUGUAGUUCUAUUCCUAUGUUACUACAAAACAGAGACGUUUCGUAUCGUCAGCAGGCCGAAUUCAGUUUUGUUCAAUGGCCUUUUUCAUUGAAACUGUUUUGGGCACCUAUAGUAGAUUCUGUAUUUUCCCAAAAAUUUGGAAGGAGGAAAACAUGGUUAAUUCCUACUCAGUAUUUAAUGGGCUUUUUCAUGUUACUUUUAUCUGGUCACAUAGAUCAUUGGCUAGGUAAUAAUACCAUAAAGCCCAAUAUAGGAAUGUUAACGAUAAUAUUCUUUUCUCUAAAUGUUCUUGCUGCUACUCAAGACAUAGUAGUAGAUGGUUGGGCACUUACAAUGCUAAAAAGAUGUAAUGUGGGAUACGCAUCCACCUGUAACAGUGUGGGACAAACUGCUGGUUAUUUCAUUGGCUAUGUCCUUUUUAUGGCAUUAGAGUCAGCAGAAUUUUGUAAUAGUUAUUUGAGGUACACUCCUUCUAGCGAGGGUAUAGUGACUCUACCUGGAUUUUUGUACUUCUGGGGUUGGGUAUUUGUAAUGACAACCACUUUACUUGCAUUGUUCAAACAUGAAGAAGUAGAGAAAGGUCAUGAAGAAGAAUUGAAUACAUCUAUUAAACACGCAUAUAAAUUACUUUGGAAUAUUUUUAAAUUACCAGCUAUAAAAACCAUUAUUGUAUUUUUGUUAACUGCUAAGAUAGGGUUUUCUGCUUGUGAUGCUGUAACUGGUUUGAAACUAGUAGAAGCUGGUAUACCAAAAGAAAAGUUUGCUCUUAUGGCUGUCCCCAUGAUACCACUACAGAUACUAUUACCAUUAGCAAUUUCGAAAUAUACAGUUGGAUCCAGACCAAUGGAUGUAUAUAUAAUGGCAAUGCCAUACAGAUUAGCUUUUGGGCUAGUAGCAGCAUUUUUGGUAUGGGUGACACCAUAUGUUGUGAAUGAUGGACAAGUUCCAGCUUACUAUUUUAUAUUAUUAAUAGUGCUGUAUUUAAUACAUCAGGUUUUCACGAGUAGUAUGUUCGUGGCAUCUAUGGCGUUUUUCGCGAAAAUUAGCGAUCCUGCUGUAGGUGGAACGUACAUGACAUUAUUAAACACCUUAUGUAAUCUCGGAGGGAACUGGCCAGGAACGGCAGCUCUUUGGUUUGUCGAUUCGUUAACAUUCCGACAAUGCAGUACCGAUUCCUCCAACGAUUGUAGCACAAUUUCAGAAAGAGAGCUUUGCGCGAACACGCACAAUGGUAUUUGCAAUAUGCAACUCGAUGGUUAUUACAUCGAGAGUGUCCUAUGUUUGAUCGUAGGAUUCUUCUGGCUUAGGUGGGGUCGACGAAAAAUCGACUCUUUACAGGCGAGACCCAUGUCCGCUUGGAAAAUUAUGCUUUCGAAACACAGCAGAUAGCAACAGUGAUGAAUCGAUUUUACAAUUUGUUGAUACGGUACCUGUAUUUAUUAAAAAGAUGUACAAAAAGGUUACACGUAUAUCGAUUACGUGAUAGACAUGUAUAUAUGGGUAUCUUUCCUGGACAUCUACCCAAGUGUUCCAAUUUUAUUAUCCGAACAUUGUCAGUAUCAUAUAUUUUUUAUUUUCGUUUUCUGUUUAAAUUAUUUUUCGUAAUGUGACAAAUCGAGGUUGUACUAAGCACACGUGCGAUAUCUAAUCUUGUUAUAAGAAAAAGAUAAUGUAUAUUCUUUCAACCAGUGACACAAUAAUAAUGUUCAACGAGUACUGUAUCGAUUAUAAUAUUACUUUUACAAUUUGUUCAGGGUAUAUCGUUUGCAGUACAGUAUCAUUCCAAUCCCUGUACAUUACUGUACCCAUAUAUCAAGAUGAUAAACGAAUCUUCAUUUUUUAUACGACCUUUGAAUCUUAUCCUUCCAUGAAGGUUAGCAAGAUUUAGUUACAAUGUAAUAUAUACGAUAUAUUGCACUGAUUUACCGUAUAAUUAUAUCUACUAUCGGUUUUAAAUGAUUCAGCGAAAAACGUUGCAAUUGUUCGCGGUAUUGUAAGACAAACUGUACGAAUGCGUGAUGUUAAUAAAAGUUUUCCAUACGAA